AUGGAGAUAUGCAAGGCAAAGGCGGACAAUCCAAAGAAUGUCGAGCUGGCAUCUCGAUAUAAUGCUGGCAAAUCGACAAUUUCUGAAAUUCUGAAGAAAAAGGAACAUUAUUUAUCAAUACAACCGAACGACUAUAGGCGGGAAAGACCAUCAAAGAGAAAAGCGAUUGAAGGAGAUUUAGAUUCAGAAACAGCCGCCAAAUCUGUAAUAACUUCGGCUGAAGCUGUGAAAUUAAUCGAUAAGCCGACAAACUUUUUGACAAGUGAAGAACGAAAUGUGCAGGUAUGCGAAAAUUUUCUCGGCGAAUUAAAAAUGUCAAAAGGACAUUGUGUAAGUCGAUUAUAG